ACACACAUAGGAACUUGUCUCAGGGGAAAUAAGCCUCAGCGAUGCUGUUGUAGCAAUAAUGAGAAAAACCCAUACAAGUGCUAGAUACUAAACCUAACUCAAAGGGCAUAUGAACUCUUGCACAGUAUGGAGUCCAGAAGAUGAACUUCAAAAUUGCCACACCCAGUAGAUCAGUGACAGAGAAAAGAAGUAUUCAAAAAACCUUAAAAGAUGCAUGUGCAACUUCAAGUACACAUAAAGCUCCCUAACUCAGAAAGAUAAUGAUCUUCUCAUACAUAUUUGACAGCUAGGACCAAAUAAGAAUAUAGUAUUCAAUCUGCCUGUAUGUUUUAUUAAUGCUCUUCUAUAUCUGUCAUAUCACUGUUAUCUAUGCUACAUUCUUCACUACAGGAAGAUUUUAGAAGAUUAUCAUGGCACAUUAAAGCAGAUGCUUGAAACUUAAUAUACAGUUCUUCUUGAACGUGCAGCACAUGUAGCCUUAUUAGGUUUCACUAUCAAGUAAUUAACUAUUUAUUUCAUCUGCUUCCAUUUAUAGAUAUAGUUUAAAUUAACGUUGGAUCUCGUAAACUACUGUCCAACUACCUGUUUAUCUGAUUGUCCUCAUCCCCUGACAGGAACACUUUACACCGGAGUGCAAAUUCAAGGAGUCAGUGUUCGAGAACUAUUAUGUGACAUACUCCUCCAUGAUAUACCGGCAGCAGCAGUCGGGCAGGGGCUGGUACCUCGGUCUGAACAAGGAAGGAGAAAUCAUGAAGGGGAAUCAUGUCAAGAAGAACAAGCCAGCAGCCCACUUUCUUCCCAAACCUCUAAAAGUUGCAAUGUACAGAGAGCCAUCUCUCCACGACUUGACAGAGUUCUCCCGCUCUGGCAGUGGCACACCCACCAAGAGUCGGAGUGCCUCAGCAGUCCUCAACGGAGGGAAAGCUGUGAGCCAGAACGAAUCAACGUAGCCUGGUAGCCCAACCCAGGCCUGGGGCCGAACCGUGAAACCUUACCUCUAGCAGAGCAUGAAUCCAAGCAGACUUGUUUCUCCGAUCAGCGGUUCAGGACUAGCUAGGACAACAAAUCACACAUAAACAACCAGACACCGUCAAUCAAAAGCACCUGUCAUCCUGGUCGGUCAUCAUCAAAACAGUAUCAACAGUAAGAAACUUAACAGCACAUAGAUCAUUCUGGACUUAAGGAACUGAUUAAAACGUUAUUUUUUGGGCUUGAGGUUUAUUGACGACCUUAGACACUCUAUUUUUGUGAUGAUUGCAUACCAGUUAGCUCAUUUUUAUCUUAUUUUGGUAAUUACUUUACUGUGCACAGUAAGUUUUCUUCAUGCAGACACCAAGCCCGCGUGCAUCUGUUAGACAGGGACGGGAAGUUAGACAUGCAGGUGUUCAGGGCAGUCAGUAAUGGUGCUGGUCUACAAGGUUGCAGUGGUACCGUACAAGCCCUGAUCUCUGUCUCAUCCAUGCUUCUGUGAAUACAAAGCCUAUAAACUCCCUGGUAUGGUACAGCCUAGUGCUACUGAGACUGUGGCCAGCCAGAUGGUAGCUCUCCUGCGUCCUAGUGCACACGCUCAGAGACUGAGCUCUCUAGCAUGGGAAAAUGAAGCCUAUGUACAACUGACCUGAGAUAUAAGGGGCAGUGUGGCUCUCUUGCAGUUUUAUCUUUUCCUUUUAUUUUAUUUUUUUAAAAUUUGGAGAUGCCACAGCUGCACCUUAGUUUUUGCUAAUUUUCUGAAUUAGCUGUGAGAUUUUGUUUAAGAACUGAUUAUGUUCCUUCUUGUUCUCUUCCCUUGCCAUCGUUAAGCAUUUGCAUCUUUGUUCAUUAAUGAAAAAAUGGUUCCAGCAAACCAAAGACAGAAAAAGAGUGUCCCUUUAAGCCGCUGAAAGCCAAGUCAGUAUAAAAGCAAAGCUGGAUCUUUUUGUUUUUUUUAUUGUACAUUUUUGAUGAGAGAAAGCAAAGGUUUGUGGAAAAAAGAAAAAAAGAAAGGCAAAGGAAGUGAUUUUAACCACUUUGGAGUUGGCAGCGUGCUUGACGUGCUUUUUGAUGAUACACUCGAUGACUGAGGUAUGAAACGACUAUCCUGUGUCCCCAUUCCCUUCUGUUACCACAGUGUCACAAUGUCUCUAGCUCUUGUCCUCGUAAUCGGUUCCUCCCUUUGUGCUUGUGUCAUACUUCGAAACCCCAACCAUCCUUUUUUGUCGACUUCUAUUGACUGAUACGCUUCACCAUAGGAUGGUGAAUGACCCUUCCCAGGAUGCUUGUUAUGUGUUUGAGUAACUUAUUGUGGUGACAAUAUUUUCUAUAUUAAAAAAAAAAAUACUGUGGACUUUUAGGUGGCUUAACAUUUUAUAGGACACGUCAUAUUUGUAAAAGUGAAGAAAAAAAAAAGAUAAAGUCAUACAAAAAUGAACAUCUUCCCUUUCUUGCACUGGGCAUGUACAAACACAUAUGUACAAAAAGGACCCUUUUGUGGGCUAUGUACGCUUCCCUUCUGCUGCAUAACUUCCUUCUGGUACAUGCUUCUGGGAGACUUUCUUCUCUUGAUUUCCUCUGGAGGUGGUCUUUAUUAGGUGAACCUAUCUGUUGCAUGGGAGAAGGCAGGGAAAUUCUGGUCUAGAGCUGCAUGAUGUAGGCUAUGUGUAUUAACCCAUGUUGGAUCAUGUGUUCCCAACUACCAGACAGAUACUCUGAUAAAACAACAUAUACAGGCGGACAUCGUGGCUGUCUGAUAACUUCCAGUUGUUUAUUAUUUGUUGUAUACACAAAAAUGCACUGAAUAAAAUAUUUAUAUUAAGAUAUACUUUUAAAA